CCUGAACGCCCAUCAUCAUCCUCUCUUUGCUCGCUCUCGGACUCACCUCUCGGACUUUGACGCGCCCCCUGGACUGCUAAUUAACGGGAAGCAAUGGGUCAAACACUAUCGUCUCCGGCGACAUGGAAAACCUCCGAAUCUGGCGCGAGCUCGCGAUUUGCGUACGCAGUGACCGAAAUGCAGGGAUGGCGAAUAACAAUGGAGGACGCACACGCCGCCGUCCUCGCCCUCGAUGAAGGCACUGAUCAAACCAACACCUUUUUCGCCGUGUACGACGGCCAUGGCGGCGGCACCGUCGCCAAGUUUGCGGCACAGAACGUGCACAAGCGCCUCGUCAAGGAAGAGGCAUACGAGAAGAAGAACUACGAGGAAGCGCUCAAGCGCGCCUUCCUUGGUACCGACGAAGACCUUCUCGCAGACCCAGCCCAUGUCCGCGACCCAUCCGGGUGCACAGCCGUCGCUGCGCUCAUCACCGCCGAUAACAAGAUCUACGUGGCGAACGCGGGCGACUCCAGAUCAGUCAUCUCCAACAAGGGUGUUGUUGAGCCCUUGAGUUUCGACCACAAGCCCACAAAUGAGGGUGAACGGGCCCGAAUCACCGCAGCCGGCGGCUACAUCGAGUACGGUCGCGUGAACGGCAACCUUGCUUUGUCCCGGGCUAUCGGGGACUUUGAGUUCAAGAAGAACUACAACGUGACUCCCGACAAGCAGGUCAUCACUGCGAACCCGGACGUUAAGGAGUACCAGUUGACCGACGAAGAUGAAUUCGUCGUCAUCGCUUGUGAUGGAAUCUGGGACUGCUUGACCUCGCAGCAGGUGGUGGACUUUGUUCGCUUCCAAGUAUCGGAGGGCAAGACCCUACAAGAGAUCGGCGAGAUGAUGUGUGACCACUGUCUUGCUCCGGACACCUCUUCGGGCGCAGGUAUCGGCUGCGACAACAUGACCGUCCUCAUUGUUGCGAUCCUGAAUGGCCGGACUCAGGAGGAGUGGAACGCUUGGAUCACCGACCGCGUCAAGAAGGGAUAUGGUUAUCAAACCCCCACUACUCUUCCCCAGCUCUACGCGCAGUCACGCAUCAUGUCCUUCCGUGCAAGACGCGAGGCACAGGAGGCGCGCGAGCGCUCGAGGCAGGACGGCGACGACAGUGCCGCCAGCUUCCUCGUUGGGUCGGGUUUGGGCCCCUUUGCGCGCGUCCUCGGCAGCGCGGGUGGCAUCUCCUAUAGCCCGGCGACUGGCAUCCUGUCGGACGGCGGUGCGCUCAUGUUUGGCAGCGACGACAGUGAAGAGGAUGACGACAGCGACGAAGAACUUCGCAGCUCACGUUCCUUCUUCACUGACCAACUCGGCAUUGGGCGUGGCGACAGCCCUGACCCAACCGAGAGUCUGAAGGCAAAACUGGACGCGUUCGAGCAGGCGGACGAUGAGACGGACGAUGAUGGCGAUUCUCAUAUGGUCGAUGCUUUGGAGGAACAGGAGACGGAGGAACGGGAGGAGGACGUCGAUGGAGCAGCAGCCGCUGCGCAGCGCGCAUCGACCCCAGGUCCGGCCUCCGCGACCGAUUCCAAUCCAAACAGCGCCGAGUCAAAGCCAGGUCCGACGAGGGGCGAGACUCCCCCGCCGCCACCUCACCUGCCUAACGGUGACGCGAACGCGGAGCCGCCAAAGCAGUUCAGUUCUCAACCUGGCGGUGACGCUGCGAGCCCUGCGGUCAAGGCCGAAGGUCUCAUGGACAAGAGCGAGGACCCGAUGCGGGUUUGAUAGGGCGCGCGGCGCCUUCGCCCGCCGCCCUGGGGGCGAACUGGGCGCAGCUGUAAUUCUGUCUGUAGUUAUCUGGCGACGGACACUCGUGUAUCGUUUAGGUAGUCUCUUGUGCUAGUGUUUCCCUCCUUUCCCUUCCCUCAUGCGCUGUCCCAAUAACCAUGGUCUGACUCGCCGUGGCCGCAGCAUGCAUAUUCACCAUACCUAACAAU